AUGCCCAUACUUGGAGAACUCUCGUACGGUCUGGUAGCGACUGUCUUUGCUCUUUCAAUUGCGUAUCUAUCCCGUUUAUCCAUCUUCAGAUUUCGAAAAGCAUGGCUAUCCUUCGCUAGUGGUAUCAUUAGUAUCACUAGGACCAAACUUAAUCCUUUCAUAUACCUCUUUCGUGGUGCGGACAUGAUACAUGAAGGUUAUCUCAAGUCAAAUGGAGAGCCGUUCAUUAUCAACACACCCGGGAAGAAGAAUGUCAUGGUCACAUCUCGGCAGCAUAUUCGAGAAAUCAAUGCUGCUCCGAAUCAUAUACUCUCUCUCCAUGCCGUUGCCAAAGACUUCCUUCAACCCAAAUAUACUAUGCACGGAUUUGUGUGGAAGGAUCAGAGAGGUAUUGAGGGAGUAGGAUUUUUAGUGACAAAAUGCAAUGCGAUAGUUUUCUUUGGCCCGGAGCUAUCAAAUAAUCAAGUGUUUUUAGACGCAGCACUCUCCUUUCCGCAAGAUUGUUUUAUUGCUGCAGAAAUACUGAGAAUACUCCCAAGUCGUAUUGCAUCGAUUUUCGCGUGGUGUGCGACACGAAGAUAUCGAUCUUCGACUACACUGUACAACUUUCUCAUUGAAGUCGUCAGGCGACGCUUAGAUCAAAAUGAGACUUGCGGGUCAGAAAAAGCAAGUGACGGUAUCCAGUGGUUGAUUGACACUUCCCCCAAACGUGCCAAUUGGACAGCAGAGAGACUGGUAGGGGAGAUAAUGGCAAUAUGGUAUGGCUCAGUUCAUACCUUAUCAAUAGCUACGACCUACGCUCUGCUUGAUUUGUAUUCCCAUCCAGAGUACAUCGAGCCGCUCCGAGAGGAAGUCGAAGGCCCCUCAUUUGCUGAAUUCGCACGAGAUUCACAAGGACUCCCACUCCUUGAUAGUUUCCUGAAGGAAUCCGCACGCUUGAGUGCUUUCGAAAGCACUGGCAUCCGAAGAGAGGUUCUCCAACCAUUCACCAUUUCCGGCGGCUUAUCCCUCGCACCCGGCGAUUGGAUCUGCGUCCCUCACCGAUCCAUGAUGCGCGACCCGGCCAAUUUCGCAGACCCUCUAACCUUCAACGCAUUCCGCUCCGUCGGCGAAGCUGUCAAUCGCGAUUCCGCUUCAGCAAACACCACCACGAAGACGGGAUUAACGGAUAGCUCUGAUUCUUGGCUGGUGUGGGGAGCGGGGAGGAUUCUCUGCCCGGGGAGAUUCUAUGCUACCGUGGUCCUGAAGCUGGUUGUUGCGCACCUGAUUACGGAGUAUGAUAUCGUGCUCCCGGAAAGUAAGACGGCGAGAUCGAUGCAGUGGCGUUCGGCUGUUAUUCCUAAGCCCAGUGUUGUUCUCUUGGUGAGGCCAAAGACGAAGACAAAGACAUAA